AGCGGCUGUUCGAAGAUUACAACGAGAUCAUCCGACCUGUGGCCAAUGUGUCUGACCCCGUCAUCAUCCAGUUUGAGGUGUCCAUGUCUCAGCUGGUGAAGGUGGACGAAGUAAACCAGAUCAUGGAGACCAACCUGUGGCUCAAGCAAAUUUGGAAUGACUACAAGCUGAAGUGGGACCCCUCCGAGUAUGAUGGGGCAGAGUUCAUGCGUGUCCCUGCACAGAAGAUCUGGAAGCCGGACAUUGUGCUGUAUAACAAUGCUGUUGGGGACUUCCAGGUGGACGACAAGACCAAAGCUUUACUCAAGUACACAGGGGAGGUGACUUGGAUACCCCCGGCCAUCUUUAAGAGCUCGUGCAAAAUCGACGUGACCUACUUUCCAUUUGAUUACCAGAACUGCACCAUGAAGUUCGGCUCCUGGUCCUACGACAAGGCAAAAAUCGACCUGGUCUUGAUUGGCUCCUCCAUGAACCUCAAGGAGUACUGGGAGAGCGGCGAGUGGGCUGUCAUCAAGGCCCCGGGCUACAAGCACGACAUCAAGUACAACUGCUGCGAGGAGAUCUACCCCGACAUCACGUACUCGCUCUACAUCCGGCGCCUGCCGCUCUUCUACACCAUCAACCUCAUCAUCCCCUGCCUGCUCAUCUCCUUCCUGACCGUGCUGGUCUUCUACCUGCCUUCCGACUGCGGCGAGAAGGUGACCCUCUGCAUCUCGGUCCUCCUCUCCCUGACCGUGUUUCUCCUGGUCAUCACUGAGACGAUCCCCUCCACCUCGCUGGUGAUCCCCCUCAUCGGUGAGUACCUCCUGUUCACCAUGAUUUUCGUGACCCUGUCCAUCGUCAUCACUGUCUUCGUGCUCAACGUGCACUACAGAACCCCAACCACGCACACGAUGCCCGCGUGGGUGAAGACCGUUUUCCUGCACUUGCUUCCCAGGGUCAUGUUCAUGACCAGGCCCACAAGUAGUGAAGGCCACACCCAGAAGCCAAGGCCCUCCUACAGCGCCGAGCUCUCAAAUCUGAACUGCUUCAGCCACACAGAGUCCAGAGGCUGCAAGGAAGGCUGUCCCUGCCAGGACGGAAUGUGUGGCCACUGCCACCACCGCAGAAUAAAAAUCUCAAAUUUCAGUGCCAACCUCCCGAGAAGCUCUAGUUCUGAGUCUGUCAACGCUGUGCUGUCCCUCUCUGCUUUGUCACCGGAAAUCAAAGAAGCCAUCCAGAGUGUCAAGUAUAUUGCCGAAAAUAUGAAAGCACAAAAUGAAGCCAAAGAGAUUCAAGAUGACUGGAAGUAUGUCGCCAUGGUUAUUGAUCGAAUUUUUCUGUGGGUUUUCAUCCUGGUGUGCAUUCUAGGGACAGCAGGAUUGUUUCUGCAACCUUUGAUGGCAAGGGAUGACGCUUAAACACCAAACCGUGUUUGCCAGAGGCUUCCUAGUGUGCAGAAGGGGACUCGUUUGUUUCUAUUGUGGUAAAAUGCACUGACCGUAAAAUGUACCAUCUUCAUCAUGCUCAGGCCACCGCUCGGUGGUGAAACAGCCACCGCCAGCCAUCUCCAGGACUCUGCAUCCUGUAAAACCGCGGCCCUGCCCCAUCGAACACUGACUGCCGCCCCUCUCCAUGACACCCACGUUACACUCUUGUGACUCCUUGAAGUGCCUCGUGUAAGUGGAAGUACACGGGGUUUGUCUUUUUGUGGCUGGCCAGUUUCAUUCUACAUAACGUCCUCAGGGCUCAUCCAUGUUGGAGCGGCUCAGAAUCUCCCUUCUUAAGGCUGCGCAGUGUUCCAUUGCACAUGUAUUCGUGUUGUUUAUCCACUCAUCUGUCAGGGGACGCCGGGGUGGUUCCCGCAUUUUGGCAGGUACAGAUAAUGCUACGGGCACACAUGUAUCUGUUUGCAACCCUGCUCUUGAUUUGUUAGAGUAUAUGCCCAGAAGUGGAAUUGUGUCCUGUAGUAAUUCUAUUUUCAACUUUCUGAGGAACCACCACACUGUUUUCCACCAUGGCUGCACCAGUUUGCAUUCCCAAAGAGGCUCCAAUUCUCCACGUCCCCAUCAAUAUUUGUUUGCUGGGUUUUCUUUUUUUUAUAAUAGCCAUCCUAAUGAGCGUGAGGUGGUAUCUCAUUGGGGUUUUGAUGUGCGUUUAUGUAACGACUGUGUGAAGCAUCUUCUCCUGUGCUUAUUGGCCAUUUGUAUGUCUUCUCUGGAGAGGGGUCUGUUUGAGUCCUUUA